AUGUAUAAACCACCCACACCAACGAAACGACGCGGCCGGUGGCUCCCAGGCAAGCCGCGACAUAACCCGAAACCAGAAGAGCAGGAGACUCGUGCGAGCGGAAAGGAAAGCCCUCGGCCGCCGCCGACGUCCUCGACACUGAGUGCAGGCACUAGCAGCAGUGCCAGUGGUCAUGGUGAAUCUCUCACUGCACAAUUCUCCUCGACGCCGUCAACGUCUGGCGAAACUCGACAGAAACACACGCGCCGAUCGUUGAGUCACAGCACCAUUCAGAGCGGUGGCGGAUUCGGCUACCUGCGCGCGACCAUAGAAACCCCAGAGCUAGUACCGUCUCCCGCAAGCACAAGCGCGGGACUGGGUAGCAGAGCAGACACGUUCUCUCAAGCACCCGCGCCAACGUCGUCGCCAAAGGAGUUGCGCGAAGACACCAAAGCAUGGCCACCGGAGCAGCAGCCGUUAACGCAGACCGCGUCGCAGUCCUUCCCUAACCUCAGCACACCGGCGGAAUCUUCGCUGGCGAGGCUGCGGGCUUUAGCGGGGCUGACGCCCCUACGCAUGUCCUCGCACGAUCCUCAGACGUUUUCGUCAAACCUAUACCACAACGAGGAGUCACCCCUUCGUCAUUCGUGCGACGCCAGAUCCGAGCUCAGUAGCAGUGGCCAGUCGUCGGCGUCAUCGUCGCGCGUGUCGUCGCCGUACACUCCUGAUCUCGUACGGCGCCUGUCCUUCCUAAACGGCACGUCCACGCAGACGACGCUGGCUCUGCUGCAGCGGGACCGACUGAAGCGCUCCCGCAGUGGCGCAGGAAAACUACCGUCACCGCCCAUCGCCCUAUCGUGCCAUAACGAAGAGGAGAGCGCUGGGCAGCAGCCCAAAGGACCGCCGGCGGUGCAGACUGUCAAAGGCACGGCGGCUUCCGCUGGCCGCGGCCCCUUCCUCACCCCGUCGUUGGGCCUCGCCGACCUGCGCGCCCCAGCGUCGACACUAUAUCGCAAUGAAGAAGACACUGACGGCGGUCAUCGUGCUGGCACGGAGAGCAGCCCGGCGCGGUCGACUAAGUCGCUGCUGAGUCGCCUACGCGCCUCCGGCCCGUGCCUAACCUCAGCUACUGAGUGCGGUAGCAGUCCGCAUCCUUACAUCGCAUCAAAGGACGGUGUGGCUGGCGGUGGGUCUGCCGUCGCUGGGGCACCGACGCCUCACGAGCUAACAACAGGAUCACCGUGGAAGUCAGCCGCGACGCUCAUAGCGCACAGGCCGCUCGCGGUGCCAUCUCCCUUGCCAGGGACGGGCCUGCCUCAGCCAUCCGACAUCUCGGCACGGCUUGCGCAGUUGCGCGAACGAGCAUCGACGUCGCCGACAUCGUUGCCUCCCACCGCGACAGUUGGGGCCUCUGUAGCGUCGUGGACGGGGUUGGCGCAGGCGCCACCGUCGCAGCAGUCGCAUUCUCUUAUGAACCUUUCCCGUCUGCGUCGGCUCGCCAACCUCCAGCAACCGCAUCCACAACCGUCGGCGCAGCGGCCAGGCGCAGCACUGAGUGAUGACCGAGAAGAGGUGCCAAGCCCGGCACCAGCAGCGGCUCUGGAAGCCGCGCUGGAGCGUACACUGCAGCACCGCCUUCUGACCGAGGUCACCGCCGCACGCGGUGACGCCACCCCAACGCCACCUGCAGCGAUCAACAGCGGCGAGCCCUACCUGGACCCAGUCGAGGUGCAGGAGCGGGCCGCGCGCCGCCACAAGUCAGAAAACGCAUUACAGUCACACGAGAGCGGCGCGAAGCAGGACUGCAACCACGCAGCCGCCAAGGUGAGCGUGCGCCGCGCGCCACCGCGAAAAGGUGCGGUGUCCACGACGGCGAAGAAGGAGAGCGCGGCGGCGACUGUGGUGCUCAAGGGUCGCUUGGCAAAGGGCACCCGCGGCAACACCUGCCACACAAGCAUCGUGAAGCCUUCAGUACCCCCAAAGGACAAGGUCUGCACGGCCGCGGUCGAAGGCGUCGUGAAGUGUGCAAGCAGCCCAGUGCCGGUGAAGCAGCUAAUGAACAAGCUGCGCAGCCUGGCAGCCCCGGUGCCGGUCGGCGAGUCAGCAGGUGAGAAGAACCCGGAGACUGCACGGAAUCCGUUUCUCGGGAGCGCCGUAGCACCGCCGGUGGACCCCCUGGACGAGCGUCUGUCGCAGCAGCCAUCGCCCUUGGCGCCGAACAAGGCAGACAAGGCGCCCUUGAAGAGCAGCGUGUCGUCGUUACCGCCGUCCUGGUCGACCUCCUCGCCGUUCGCUGCGCUGGCCUCGCCGUCGCUUCACGCGGCGCUGACGCAAGCCUCGGCGGCACUCCUCAAAGAGCGUGGCACCGCUGGAAGUCCUAAGGUCACGGAUGGCGUCAGCGAUGACGAGGAGCAUCCAAAAGUGCCACCCUCUUCUUCCUUCGCCUCUGUAUCCCCACACUAUUCGUACCCGUCCAUGAUGACUCGCAGCGCCACUGCGGCGGCAGCCGCCGCUGUAGCCGCAGCGGUCAAGACGACACCGGCAACAAAGACGGUGCCCACCACCAGCGCCGGCAGCCGCAAGAGCGACAGGGACAUGAAAUGCUUCGUCUUCGACACCUCCUCUCUCCUCGACUCCGAGCCAGGCGUGAUGAACUUGGUCUUGGAGAAGUGGUUCAUUGGCAUCCCCUUCACUGUGCUCGACGAGCUGGACCGCAUGCACAAGGACCGUGGUGGCGGUGGCGGCAGUGCCAAGGGUGACCACGCCGCCACCGCCGGUGCGAACAGCGCGCAUGAUCGCGACUGGCGCCGACAACGGGCUCAUGAGCUGCGUAACUGGAUUGCGGCGUGCCUGAGCAAUGAGGCACAACACCACCUAUGGCUGCAGAAACGGACGGAGGUGGUCAGGGAAUACGACAGGCACGCCACGACAAAUGAUGACCGCAUUCUCGGUUACGCCGUCUACCUUAGCCAGCACCAGCCCGCAAAAGUGCUCUUCGUUACCGAGGACAAGUUCCUCCGCAUCAAGGCGAACUCGGAGCUGGGAAAAGCGUACGCGUACAGCGAGGUCCGCAAGUUAGUUGGCAUGCCACCACUCCCGACAGCGUCGCCGACGGCAUCGCAAGGGAGGAAUGGCAAGAAGUAG